CGGUUAUCGCAGCUAAAGCCUGAAAAGGGGAAGUGAUGUUGGUUUCUUAAAGACUUGACUGGAAUAGGUAAUUCGUGAAGUACACGAAGAGAAAAGUUGAUUACAUAUAUAACAGUUUAUCGUGGAGUCCUUGGAAACACGAGGGCAACCGCCACGUAGGCAUGAUCCGGUGUUUUGAAAAUUUCGAUGCUCAAAGGCCAUUGAAGUUACUUUGGUUCCUGUGAACUACUCUACCCCUUAAUUUCAACAUGAGAGUGCAUACAAGAAGCGUUCUUCUGGUCGGCAUUCUCUGUUCCGUACUGUUUAUCUUCUCUUUGGAACUGUGGCCGCCUCUUUUCAGUGACGACGAAACUAAAGAGAAUUCUAAUUCCCCUUUGGUCGACAGUGAUGUUUCCGAAAUUCGUUUGAAGAUUGGAUCGCCGGUUCCCGAUGAACGAGAUUCAAAGUGUUUAAUGCACAACUGUUUUGACAUUUUUCGAUGUAAAGUCAACGAAAACAAACUGAUAUCCGUCUACGUAUAUCCAGACACUCGCUUCUUGGACGAGGAACGAAAAACAAUAAACAAACCAAUGUCGCAAGAAUUCUAUGAACUGCUGACAACUAUUGUGGAGAGUAAAUACUAUACUCCCGAUAUCGGAAAGGCUUGCAUUAUAGUUCCUUCAAUUGAUACUUUAAAUCAGAAAGGCCUCGAUCUUAGAUGGACGGCCAGAAGUCUUGCAGAGUUACCCAGGUAAGGUUUGAUUGUCGUUUACGGUACAUAAAGCAUGAUUUACUCGAACGUUCUGAUGGAGAGUAGUAACAAUCACUUACAAAACAAAAAACUGAUUUUAGAAACUUAUAUGAAAGGUCUUCAUGUCCAGGACCAUAUUUGUUAUUGUUACUACCACUUGACAAGGAAAUUUCAAGGAAAUCUGCAUGUUAGUAACAUUUUCACGUGCAAGUCAACCGACAAUCUGUCCCUGUUAAUCUUUAUUUGCUCUUGUAACAGAAACUACCAUUUUUAUAGGAAAGGUCUAAGUCAUUUCACUUUAAGGGGGCAGUGAGGGCUUUUGAAUACUGCAUAGGGGAGGAAAAUGAAAAAGUAAGUUGCAACUAUGGCUAAAAAAAUGAUCCAAUAGUACAGUAAAAACAGAUAUAUUGUGUCAACAUUUAACUGAAUUCUGCAAUUGCUGCAGAAUUCAAUUAAAUGUUGACACAAUAUAUCUGUUUUUGUGAAUUAAGGUUAGAUAAAACCAGAUCAUAUUAUUUUUACUGACAAAAGCAUUAAAGAUGCAAGGAAAGAUAAAGGGUCAGACCCAAUUUCUUAACAGAGUGAGAUAUUAUCAGUUAUUUGUGAAACCCUUUUAAUGUAACUAGAAUAUUGCUGCUUUCUGGGCUGGAUACAUUACAUCCCAGGGAUUGCCAAUUUUUUUUAUCUGUCAAUCUGGAUUUAAAAGGCUGACUUCUUCUUUUCUUGAUAAAACAUUUUAAGUUGGAGUGAUGGUGGAAAAAAUCAUUUGUUAUUUAACAUGCUGCCUGGUGGUGCACCUGAGUACAAUUCAACACUAGAUGUUGCAACUGAUAAAGCUAUCUUGGCCGGAGGGGGCUUUGCAACUUGGAGUUACAGGACAGGAUAUGAUGUUAGCAUUCCUGUGUUUAAUCCGCUCACAAAUAGAAAGGUUGUCCUAUCACAGAAAAGGUCAGUGAUUUAGCGAGUAAAAAUGAAAAAGUAAUAAUCAAUGAUAAUAAUUUAUUAUGAUAAUACCUGUAACAAUAGUAGUUUGGCAGACAUUGUUUUAUCACACUUUACUGAUUAUCAUAUUAUGUUUGAAGGUGAGCUAGCCACUGUUGUAAUCUUAGAAAGAAAAUAUUUCAAACAUCAGCUCCCCCUUGCAUGUAGGAAUAAUACACAACCUUAAGCUCUUUGAGAUGCACUGUGGUGCCUGAAUUGCCACAAUUUAUUAACUUAUGUCAGUGCUUCACUCACACGCUGAUUGAUAUAACACAGAAUUUUCUUGGGAUGAUUGCCAUAUUAGCUUAGCUCUAAGGAAGCAGACUGAAUUAACCCUUUAACUCCCAGAAGUGGUCAACAUGCAACUUUUCUGAAUAAUAUCCAUACAUUAUUUAGUAAACAGGUAAUGAGAAUACUCAAACUUUUUAGGCAGAACUUUUCAACUAGAUGUAACACCUACUUGUAACUAAUUUGCAAGAAAAUGUGUAGCAGCUAGAGGGGAGAAUUGAAACUCAGCUCUUGGAAGUUUAAGGGUUAAUCUACAGUGGAUCAGUGGUAUAUGCACGAGAAUGGCUCUAGGGAGGCACAAGUUUUUUUAUUAGACCAACAUCAAGGCCUACAUUUUAUUUUUCCAAAAAAUAUCCUUGAGAGGAGGUUACCCUCCAAGGUAUCACUCCAUGGUCAAUGCAUUAUUGCCCAGGCUCUGUUACAGAUAAAGGUAAUUAUAAUACAUUCAACCCACCAUCUCUUUUCUGCUUGGCCAAAAGCAUAGAGUGAAUUUGCAUGUCAAGUUCCCAUGCGCUGUUUUGCGUGCUGAUUUGUAUAUUUUUACAUGUUUAGAUUAUCAGUUCCACUUAAUGUUGUGACCACUUUGGUUUUUUUUUUUUUUUUUUGUUCAGUGUAUAAUAAAAUAAUUAUUAGAUUUAGUUUUUGUGAUAUCCAGAAUAAUCAAGGUCGAGAUAAGGGGUUAUCAGCCGAAACCUUUGGCUUUAGCUGACAACUCCUACCUCAAACUUAAUUAUUCUGGAUAUCACAAAAACCUCAUCCAAUAAUUGUUUAUUUUUGGUAGCAAACAGAGGAAUGGUUGACUCUGUGUAAUUUUUGUGCUUGUUGAGCAGAGAUGCCAAGCAAUGGCACUUUUCCCUCUUCUUUUUUUGUCUUUGACAAUUUUGGGUCUUCGUUUAGAAUAGAUUUUGUCAUUUUUUGACCAUAAGCCUUCAGGUAACGCCUAUCUUUAUUUGAAAGAAGGCUUGAAGUAAAUUGUCUCAAAAUCUUGUAGGUUGCAAACUAUUUAGCCUUCAGUUAUUGGGAAACUUUAUGGUAAUUUGAAAUUUAGAGGAAUAUUCAUAUACUGGGAUGAUUUUCUGUUGCAGGUCAAGUGAUUGGUUGUUUUUGUCAUCCCAAGCAAAUAUGAACCAUCUCUUCAGAAGGCAGCUGGAAGAGAUUGAAAGAGAUAAUUCAGGCUUCUUGAUCCUAAAACGCUGCCCUGAUGAUCCUAACAAUGUGUACAAGAGAUGCAAAGGCUCAGAGACCUAUCAGUAUCCAGAAAUUUUGCAAGUGAGUUUUCACUUCUACUAAUCUAAUAAUUCCAUAAUUGCUCUUACAAAGGGCUAAUUCUUGUCAUGUUAGCUUUAGAAGCUCUAAGCUCUCACAUUGUCAACUCAGUUAAUUAAAACAAAAUUGUCUUGGAAUUGACUCUCUUCCCCCCAACCUCUCCACCAAUGCAGCAUAAUAGUUUCUUGAGAAACUUACUCCCUUUAUACAUUUACUGGUUCCUCUUGUGGUUUUAUUGUAUUUUCAAUCAUUGAUGUUUUGCAGUCUUAUUUAUCUUAUUUAAUGUCCUUUGGAAGGGAAAAAAUUUUUGAUAUACAGUCAUGUAUUUGCAUAGAGAGAGUGAUAUUCUUGCCAGUGGAAAAUUAGUCAGUUUGAUAAACAGUUGUGAGUUUUUACCAAAAAAUUUGAAUUUUCUGAAGUUCUUGAAUCUGGCUUUUAUUAUUUUUCUCACCUCAUGUUGGUGUUAUAGUCUAAUUCCAGCCAAGUCGUCCACGCUGAAUUGCCCACUUCAACUGGUUACAUCAACUUGCCUAUACUUAAAAUUACUUUUCUGUUGCCUUUAAUCUUUCAUAUUCUACUAUUCAAGUAUUGCCUAAAUACUUACUAUUUUUGCAAAUGAAAUUAUUCUUGCUAACAAGACACAGCUUCAGCUUUGACUUUUGAAUCAAAAUGGCUGCCUUUAGUCUCUCUCCAGUCCUGCCCGAUAUCAUCUCCUAUCCUGUUUUUUGCCAACAUGUAGAAUUUUCUUGUGACUCAAUUAUUUCUUAUUGUGGCAUGAAAGUAUUGCCCAGUACUCUCUGAUGGUGUCUCAAUACAAGAAUGAUUCUCACUUCACUGAAAAAUUCUAAGCUUCGGCUUUUCAGCUUCAUGGGCAAGUUUGUGAGCGCAGUUUGGUAUGUGGGUGACUUGAUUGGUUACCCUAUAAUAAUAUAUAUUAUACCUUGUAUAAUCAUCAGUAGCCAGCCAGCCACAUGUAGCUUACUCUCCAACUCUCCAAUGAUGUUCAAACCAUGUACUCGACAUGUCAACAAAUAUAUAUAUUAUUGUUAAUAGAAAAGAAACAGGUAUGUUAAUUAAUUUCUUGUAAACUUCUUAAUUAAUAUUUUGCUUAACACUGCUUAUUUUAGCAUGCUACCUUCUGUCUGGUUAUUCGAGGGGUCAGAUUGGGUCAAACAACUCUGCUGGAUGCUUUGAUGAUGGUAAGCUUUGUCACUGUACUGAUGAAUGAAUAUUGAAUUUUCUUCAUGAAAAAAUUAUCAAGUGUUGGAGCAAUUAAUGUCUAAAUAAAGACCAAAGAAUUUUAAUUAAUUGAUUUUCAAGCUUUUCAGGCAGGUUUUAUUAUGCUUUAGUCAGUUAAAAAAGCUUGCAUACUUAACUUAAAAGGUAAUUUUGAUAAUCAGACAUCUUUGGCCAAAAUCUCCUUUAUUCAGGAUUGUAUUUUCUUUGACACAUUGGGUUAGGAAGAGGUGGAGGGGGGGGGCUGGAGAAAAUCAGUUUCGUUCUGUGAAGAAGAAGACAGCAACAAGAGUUUCUCUACAUUUUUAGUAAUUUUAUAUGCUAACUACCAUUGCUUUUUUUAUUUGCAAACUUUCUUCUUUGUGUUUUGUGCAAGUUAGGUCUUCAUAUAGAUAAACAUGAGAGAACUGCCCUAAAAUAAUUACACAUCCUGCUCAUGAAAAUACGUCUUGGUUAUAUGCCCAGUGUUCUCCUUUCUUUUAAGCAGGAAAGGUAAAAGAAAUUUUAAAACCAGAAGAGCAACCUUUUUUACAUUUUCUUGUUGAAUUUUCAAGAAUUCCUAAUGAUUUCAGGUGGUAAUAAGGCUUAUUUCAGACGGUGAAUUUUACCAGUUAUUACCUGAAAAGGAGAACAGUUUAUGCCACCUCUUAUAUUGGGUCUUUUCCUUUUCUUCAGGGCUGCAUUCCAGUGGUCAUAAGUGAUGACUACAUUUUACCUUUCUCUAGUGUGUUAGAUUGGAAAAGGUAAUUAAAAGUAACUAUUUCUUCUGCUUUUUAUUGUAAUUUGGUAUAUUCCACAUAGAGGAAUAGUGCUUUUUGCACAUGUUGAUUGGUUAGUUUGGGAGUAAUUAGCAAGUACAGUAGAAAAUAAAUGUUUUUAGUUAGCUGAGAGUAAAUGACCAAAAAAAUGGGUUCAAAUGUGUCAGAGAAAGUGGUGGCCGUCUACUUCCACUUUGAUGAAUAAUUUAAUUGUAUUCAGGUGAUCAUGCUCAGAAUAUCGGUCAGAUGAACAACUUAUUAUUGAUCACAAUGUUAUUCAUAAAGGGCUUAUGAAGCAAGCUAGUGCUGCUGAAAGCACAAACUCUCUUGGUGCUCAACUUGAAAUUCCUUUUUAUGUCUUAUUGUUUCAUUACACAGUUGUAUGAGUUUCUUUUGAUCUCAAAAUCUUCUUAAAAUUUUUUUACAACAAUGGUCUCUGUGUUUCGGUGUGAUUUAGAUUUUACUAGUCAUCACUGUAUUUGGGGUUAAUUUUGGCAAGAAAAUGUUUAGUGUAGCAUCAUUGUGUAAUUCACUGUCAGUGUCAGUAUACAGCUAGGAUGGAGUGUACAUGAUCCAGUUUUGUGCUUUUUGUCAUAGGGGAGCAGUUCAUGUGGUGGAGAAAGAGAUCAAUCGCAUCCCUGCCAUUUUAAGAGAGAUAUCAUCAAGUCAAAUUAAAGACAUGAGAAGACAGGUAUUAUUGUAACAAUUUACAGAGGCUGAAUUUUACAUUAGUGUGUAUAUUCUUCAUAGUGUUCUCCAAACAUUUUAUAAGAUGCUUGCAAAGAGAAUUUGUUGGGAGCUUCUUUAGUGUAUCAUCACUUUCUUUAUAUUUCUGAGCUUAAUGUGUGAUUAUGUCAAGAGAAAUUAGAUGCUAGUUGCUCUUAGGGGUCAGAGGGUUAAGAAGUCCCCUAAUUUCUCACUCCCAGACAAAUCCAAUAGAGAAAAACAACUUAUUUGUCCUACCAAAUGGCUCAUUGGUGAGACCAAAUUAUUUCCCCUGCAGUUAUGAUUCUGUGUCUUUCAGCAACUUAUGUGCAGAGUAUGAAUAAGUACUGCCAAAUGUACAUUGCACAAGGGACAGUUUGCUGUAUACACUAGAGCAUGCAAGACAAUUGCAAAAAUUGGAAAAAUUGGAAAAAUCACUAUGCAAACAUGCUCGAGUAAUGGGAGAUCAUCUCUUAAAAACACCAUUAAAAGUGAGGCAAAUAGAAUUUUAACUAUUCAAGAGGAAAAAUUUUCUUAGUGUCAUAGGUAUUUUAGUCUUAGUUUGUUCAUUAAACUGCCUUUUAUCUCAAUGUUAUCUCCUAACUGUGAAUAUCAUAAAUUAGUGCAAGAGUCACUUUAAAACCUGUUUCAAUAUCUCACAAAUUCAUAAAUUUAUGGUCUGAAGUUUCUUCUGCCUUGCCCAUCUAGUCUCUAUUAGUGUAUGGGAUGAGGCCAUGUUUGUAAAAGUACAAUUGAUAUCUGAUAUAUUUUUAUUUCAUAGGGGAAAUGGUUUUGGGAGAGGUAUUUUAGCUCCAUGGGCAAGAUUGCUCUUACAACUAUGAAAAUUCUGAAUGACAGAGUGUUCCGCUACACGGCUUGGCAGUAUGAGGUAAACUACAUUACUCAAAACACGCGCAUAAAACGUGCAUAAAUUUGAAAGUAAGUGCGUUUGAAUAAAACCCAGGCAUGUCUCAAUUGCGCAUAUGCGCGUAUAAUCAUUUAUGCACCUGUUUCAUUAGAAUGUAUGAGCUAGCUAGAUUUUCUUUUGCUGAAAGGUAAUUGUUCUAAAGAAUAGGCUAAUAGCACUAAAACACUACAUCAUUAUGAACUGCAUGUCGACUUGUUCGUUUCAAUCACCGCUCGAGCCGACCUUCCCCGCACACGGUUACAUACGUAUGCGACUUCGAAAUUGGAACUACAUACAAAGUAAAAUGCUGUCCAUUUUUAGUCAAGAGGAUAUCUUCCUUACCAUACGAUGGAAGUCAGUGGCACUUAUAUGAUAUUCAGUAUUUUGAAGUGAAUGGUUGUUCAUAGAGCUUCACAAAUAAGAUAAUUUUUUAUCAUUUGAGAGCAAUUCGUGUCCAAGUUUUGCCAUUACAUAAGGCAAUUUGAAUAAACGUAGAUAUUUAUUGUUCCUUUUCUUGCCUUUUAGGACUGGAAUGUCCCUUUUGAGACUUCCUCAGGGAAGGAAACGGUAAGUAUUUAAUCAACUAUUUUCAAGUGGCUACUAUGUUGCGUUAUGAAAACUUGAAAUCCGGAACUUUUCGAUGAAACUAGGAAUUGUGCUGUCAUAAAAUACGAUUCAGUAAGAACCUCCGUGAGAUAAAGACCUAUUUUGUGGUUCAGACAAAGAGAAUGACUACCUAGAAAGAGUAUGCUUACAGUUGUAAUCAUUAAUUGUAAACAUUCCUUGAUUUCAAAAGGCAACCUUUCUUCUUCCACUGUUUUUCCCGCUACGUCCGUACACAAAUCAAGGAUUUACCGCAGUGGUGCUGUGUUAUGACAGAGUAGACACCAUGUUUAAAGUUAUCACAAGAAUCGCUGACACCCCCAGUUUGACAAAGGUAGGUUAUUCAAAACAUUUAUUCAGAGUUCUCUCAAAAAAACUUCGUCUCCUGAAACUGCUUUUAUAAUAUUUUGUGAGCGGCAACUAAAUUUAACUUGGAUGAGACUGCAAAAUGUUAGCUUAACAAGAUGAAAAACACAGAGGAGGAUAAAGGAACAAGGAUUGCUAAGGAUGGAGAAGAUUAAAACAAACAUAAAAUAACGAAGUGUAAAACCUUGGGCAAAACUCAUCAAGGUGCAUAUAACGCAAUGUAGCUCCUUUAGAAGGCUGCGAACGACCAAGAGAGAAAAAAAAUAUCAGUCGAUUGAUUUCUGGAGUUCUAAGUCUUUCUCCUUCCGCUUUCAGAUUGUAGUUGUUUGGAACAAUGUCAAAAAGGCUCCUCCCUCUGGUGAGUUGAGUAAUAUUCCACCUCUUCCUUUGGGCUCUGUACAGGGGAGCAGAGAUAGCGCGCUAGCGAGUGGAUUCGCUUCCCACGGUUGUUGUUCGUGUAGCGGACGGCAACGGGGAUACUAAAAUCAGCAAAAGGAUUGGGGAGAGAAAGCCAUUAUUUUUCUUUCUUUUCUUUUGGCGGUGUUUAAAUUCAAGAUUCAGAUAUCAAUAGUAUUGAAAUUCAAUCAAAAAAGUUGCAGGAACUGGAACAGAAUAUAUUGGUUUUGGAGCUAAAACCCGCACCGCUAUUACUUAGGUGAUUUUGAAAUAUGGCUUCGGGUACGUAUUGUGACCGAAACUUUAAGAGACGGGGCCUUAAUGUCACAUGUGGGUUAAUUUUUUGGUUGGUUUUCCUCCCGUGCUAUAAGUGGGUCAUUCGGUUUUUCUCCUUCCACAGAAACCAAACUUCUUAAUUCCAAUGCGACGAGCAAACAGUGAACUAAAAGCCGUUUGAUGGAUUUCCCCUGCUUUUAAGAUUCGAUUUACUUCUGUGAUUUGGCAGGUUUACUAUGAGAUUUUACAUGUCUAAUAGUUGUUUACCUCCUUAUAGCUGCCAAGUGGCCUCAAUUAUCAAAACCAGUAAAAGUCGUCAAGACGAAAGAAAACAAACUUAGCAACAGGUACAUACAAUGUAAAGAAAUCUUAAUCUAAAUCGUUUAGACCUCAAUUUCCAAAUAUUACCUCCAUAUUGUCGUGGAUUGAUCUGUCUGUCGUAUGUGUUUAUAAACGAUAUAUACUUCUUUGUACGUUUAUUUGUGAUUUGUCAGGUUUUUCCCAUACAAAGAGGUUGAAACAGAAGCGAUUCUUGCCAUCGAUGACGACAUUCUAAUGCUGACGCCGGAUGAACUGGAAUUUGGUUUUCAGGUAAGUAUCUCCAACAAAGUUUAUUUCUUGAAUAUCUUAGUUGUAUCCGUAGCAUUCCCCAACCGUCAUGGUGAUCGUGAUCGGAAGGUGCUGUUUUAUUUCGUCUUUUACAAUAAUUACCAGUCAACCUUGGUCCCAAGCUUCUUUCUUUUCCUUCCUCAAGGGUAUUACUUAUGACUCGUUAGUGACAGAUCGUCCCUGCUAAUAUGAAUUAGGGCAGUCUUGAUAGCGUAAAUGCAGCUAAAAGUUAAGCAUCCAUCUGUAAAUUAUUAACAUUACUCCUUUGACACCGUUUAACUCAUCACAACUUAGAGUGUCCAUGACAAGAAUUUUUUUUGCGCAUUAAUUUAGCCUAUCAUAUGUACAAACCAAUUCGAUAGGAGAAAAAUCUCAAAAAACUUUAAACUCGGUUUUUUCGGGCCCAAAAGAACUCUUAUUUUGUCUUAAAGUGGCUGUAGACUGGUAAAGAGUUAGUGGGUGAUGACGUAAAAAACUUUGAAAACUCGUAAUAGUUAGCGUUUAAGUCUUGAAAUAAUGCCCCGAUAGCGAUGUAUACAUACCUUCAGCAAGCUCCACCGGAAGUUGUGAUACAUCGUAACCAAGUAGUAAAGAAGAAAUGGAAGUUGCGAGUACGGUUCAACCUGAAAGAGGACCGCAUGCAUCAAGCGAAGAUUUCGACGAGUACUAGCUAAGACGGUUUCUCGAGAUUAGGACAAAAAUGUCCCGUUACUAAAUGCUUAGUUCCGCUCACCAUUGUUCGCUUGCAAAAUGGCAGCGGAAAAGAAUGUGAAACAAUCGUGUCCGGUGUGGGAACGGGCCCCGUAAUCAGCUUCCUUUUUAGCUGAAUUCAUUGGCCAUCUUCCCCUGAUUUGAUCAGUGACAUGUAUUCGUAACAGCCGUCUUUCGAAGCGGAAGGAGCAUAAGGCUGACGACAUUGAAGAGUAAAAUCUCCUCGAUGUCGACGAUCGGAACGUGUCCAUUUUGGCCAUGUACCUUCAUCUUUGGAAAGAAGUGUUCAGAAAUAUCCUGUGUAUGUGUAUUAUUCUUUUAGCUGACAUCAUUUGGCGCUCCGGUCGCGCAACACGUUCGUUCUCUCUUCUUGAUUUCUCCUUUCUCCACCAUAGUUGCGAACGUGUCUUCUGUCACGAAGCCAGGAGACGAUUCUUGUUUUCCUUUUUAAACACUUUAUUAUUUGUCUUAAACUUCUGAAAACCUUACGAUCUCGAAUCUUAUUUAUAGUAGCCGAUUACAUCAUACUUAUUUCUGAAACACUAUUUUCAGAAGCAAGAACAUUCUAGACGCUAAUGAUGCCAUAUCCUUUAAAUAACUCAAUAGAAUGUUCCGGAAUAUGAAGAAGUUUCUAGCUCAGCUUAUGCAAUAGCGUUAUGGUAAAUCAAUGUUCUAUUAAUUUCUGGAGACUUCACAGUUUGCUACAUCACAGUUAUGUAACAUGAUCGUUUUGGCCACGUGCUAAAAUUCGGACACUUUUUGGCUGCCAAAUCGUACCCUCAAUGCGCAAAAAAUGGUCAUGGAGAACUCGCUAGGCGUUAAGGUCGUUAGAAACAACUAUCAACCAGAAAACGCAAAAAAAAAAAAAGAAAAGAAUUCGUGUCAUAGGGAUAUUCUUCACACUGUUUCCAUACAUUCCCAAUGGAGCUGACAAAGAGAAUCUGUUCAACCAUUAAGGGCUUCUUUAGUUGGUGAUUAUUUCCUUUACUCUCAUGAGCUUGAAUAUGUGAUUCAGGAGUGAAAGCGUUAGGAGAAAUUAGGUGCUGGUCACUCUUUGGGGUCAAAGGGUCGAGCACUCUUCUUUUCCUCGUGAAUAAACAAUCAUUAUGCAGUCCUUAUGACCCCGUGAAUGAACAAAUCAUUAUGCUUCAUUAUUCAGACUUGGAGAGAGUUUCCUGACCGUCUUGUGGGAUUCCCUGGUCGUGUUCACACCACUCAAAACGGCACAAAUCGGUUCAAGUAUGAAUCAGAAUGGACAAACACUGUAUCCAUGGUGCUCACUGGCUGUGCUUUUCAUCAUAAGGUAACAAAGUGAAAUGUGUGUCUCUGUAGAUCAUCGAGGCUUUUUGAAAUUUCGUUUAACAAAGGGGAGCUCACGGGAGAAAAAGGGGAUUAUUAGGUUACUUACUAAAAGAGCUAUAGUAUGUUAUGAGACGCUUUCCGACUUUUGAAAAAAAAAGUUACCUUUACUAUAAAAAAACUGAAAUUACUUUUUUUCCAUAGUAGAAAAGCGUUAUUGAGGGAAAAAUAAGACAAAAGUCCCUAAGACUGUAGGCUGCAUGGGAGACGCGUUGACAUGGCGAAUAGGCGGCCUUCGAACCGAAAAAGAUUCAGUUGAGCCCCGGCCGGGUUAGACUAAGAGCAGUCUCUUCUCUUCGACGAACUCCGUCGCGUGAGUCAAACAAAAGAGAAGCAGUGAAAAAAAAAUCGAUGUCAGAGUUCCACGCGGCGCUGUGCGGCGCCUUCUAUUUGCUCUUUUUCAUCAGGAGUUGUUGGACUUAUCCCUUAGGCGUCUCAACUUUUCAUCUUUCCUCGAAUAAAACGGUCUUCAAUUAUGACUUUUGACGCUUUCUAUUUAACGGCUCUAAAUUAAAAGAUGGAACUAUUAGCUGCUGCCUCUGACCUAUUAUAAUUUAUGUUGCAAAGCUAGGCUUAGAGGACACAGACAAAGGAAAAUUAUCAAUUAUGUUUACUCAUUUCCUUGGUUUGCAUCCUCUAAGCCAUGCCAAUAGGCCAAAUUUUAAUAUAUCCAUGACCUAAUUCAAAAGGUGUUAUGCGUUUUGUGUAACUUGCUAGUCACCCAUGAAGGUAUUUCCAUCUUGGUGGAAGCAGUGUGGAAGAGUGGUCAGGGCGCUGGACUUAUAAUCUGGUGGUCCCGAGUUCAAGCCCUUCUCCCUGCUACUGAAUGGAUUGUUCUCGGUUGCCCCGCGUUUAACUCCUUGGUGGCACUUUCUAAAUAGACAACUAGUCUGCCUUCAGCCAAUUGGGAUUUUUAAACUCCAGGUUUAUUUACAAUGUUUUUCUCAAUUUGUCUGUGUUGGCCCUGGAAAGUCCUAUUGAGUCAGUGUUCAAUUCAGGUUAUCAUCAUCAUUAUUAUUAUUACUAUUAGUGUUGUUAUUAUAAUUAUUAUCUUAUUCCAUUCUUUUUAUCACACAGUACUUUAGCCAUCUAUUCACCUACAUGAUGCCUGUCUAUAUACGAGACUGGGUUGACCAACACAUGAAUUGUGAAGACAUUGCCAUGAACUUCAUGGUCUCCAACUACACUGGCAAGGCACCGAUUAAGGUAAGUUUUAAUUUCAAUAUCCUGAAUCUUGAGUUCACAUUGUCGUGGCUCAGGACAAUGAAGCAUUUUAUUUUCUGAAGGAUUUAAAACAAUGACAACAAUAAAGAUGCUCUACCGCGUAGCUGGUAAGAGAGUUUUUGGUUACAAGAAAAGUCAUUGAAACACAUCAUGCGUCGUGGCGAGGACGACCAGAGAUACUACCGCCUCCUAACCAUUGAAAAGGGGGGGUUAUUUUGUCUGAAGUGUGAGAUUCUUAUGUCACACUUUUCUUGUAAACUACUUGGAUCAACCAUGUCAAAAAUGUUUUUUGUCAUCUUAUCUGCUGGUUUAGCUCCAGUGUGUCUCUUGUCUCGGCCUCUAUCUGCUCGUUUUCCUAAUUCUUCUCUUUUAUCUCCAUCCUUAAAUGAGUUCGCUAAUUUUUGAUAUUUUUUUAAAGGACUCUCAAAUGAAGAGUGUUUAUUUUAUACUCUAAGAGUUAUUUGUCAUAACACUCUAACUCUUUUCAACCUAACCAUUUCGCUAGAAAUUUCGGAUUAAUUUGAGAUUCUCACAUGCAUAGGUAACCCGUAGAAAGCGUUUCCGCUGUCCGGAAUGUGUGACUGAAUCAUUGUGGGCCGAUCCGAGCCAUUUCGUGGAGCGAUCAGAAUGUUUGAACGAGUUUGUCCGAGCCUAUGGUCAAAUGCCGCUUCAGACGGUCGAGUUCAGAGCUGACCCGCUGCUGUUUGGCGAGAAACUUCCCACUAAAUUAAAACUAUUUAACGAUGUUGGAAGCAUUUAGGAGGAUUGAAGUUAAAAAAUAUGAAUGUAUUUUGGUAAUCAAGUGUAAGCAGGUAAUGCAUAUUCUUUUGUCGAUCCAGGGACUAUGGUAAAUUAUUGUAAGAUAAAGUCUAAACUUUAAUAGAACAUGGAAAGAGAGAGAAGAUAGGAGAGAAGUUAGUAUAAAAAUGGAAGGAAAAGGCGGGCUAGUCCGUGUGCACUUCCUUGUAAUCUUCUUCUUCUUCUUCUUUAAGCCCUUGGCUCCUUAGUGGAGCUUUGAUGAUUUCUGUCAAUCGUGUGUGACCAUCGAUAUCAUCAGAUCAACAGAAUUCAGGCUGUAUCUUAGAUUUUUCACUUUCAUUUGAAUUUUAUUUCAGUUUCUCAUUAGUAUUGAUAGAGAGCACCAAUAUGAUUAUGAUAAAUCUAGGACCUACAUGAUGCAUUUGCCUUUUUUUUUCCUUUUUGGUUCGCUGAGAAAUUUUGUUUAUUGAAAGGAAAUCUUUCAAUAGUAGUUUGCUUUGGAUGACAAACACCAAAGAGGUAUGAUACCGGAUGAAAUCGAGAAUGAACGAGGUUGGUUAAGAAGGCAGAAGAUUGAUAUCAUAUGGAUUGCAAAUGACAAACGUUAAAACUGCAGGCAAAAUUUAUAAAGAAUUUGAAGCUGUGACGUAGUUCCUUUAAUGUGUUUCCUAAAACAAGUGAAGUGCGAGAAACAGAUCCUCACGGGUGAACUGUAUUUUGAUAAAUGACAUUUUGGAAAGGUGGAGAAAAAAAGCUUGAAAAACUUCAGGCUUCUGAGGGAUUUGAACCCUCGCCUCGUAAGUGCCCAUUGGUUGAGGAACCCAACUGGGCUACAUAGCCACAUGUUGAGAGCGCGAAAAAAUAUUUCGGGUUCUCUAAAACAAGUGACUUUAUCAUCCUUUUCCUUGUACAGGUGUUUUUACAGUUUUUUUUUUUAAAUAGUCUCAGGAAAAACACCUCUAUUUGUCACUUCGCAUCACGUUAGGUUGUGUUAACUCAUAUCAUAAAAAUUCUACCUUGAAACAAUGGAUUUAAAGAGGCUUACAUGGAGUUUGUUUCUGUAAUUGAAAAAAAAAAGUUGUUUUUUUUGGUUUUUUAGGUUUCAAAUUUUCUCUCCAUCAUAUAUAUUUGGCUAAGAGUUAUACCACAUAUUUUAAACCUCGUCGAUGAUAUUUAUUGCAUGUUACAUAAUGUAUCUCCACUUUUUAUUCCG